UUUAAAGAUAAAUUUUAAAUUAAUAACAAGACGAUAAUCUUGCUGUCAAACAAAGGUGCGCACGUGAAGUACAUUCGUAUAUAUAUAUAUAACUGACUCUGCCAAACAUUUCAUACAGAGAUAACUGGACAAUCAUUGAAAUAAGAUAACUACAAAACUGAAAAAGAAAGAAAUGCAAGGAAAUAUGUGGAUAGUUUCUUCUGUUGUGUUAUUGAGUCUGAUCAAUUUUGUUACGGGGCAUGGACGGCUUAUAGACCCUCCAUCUAGAUCUAGUGCACACAAACAUGGAUUCCCCUUAAUACCAGUAAAUACUAUGGAUCAUCAAUUGAAUUGCGGAGGUUUCUGGAAUCAAUGGGGAGUUAAUCAAGGUCGUUGUGGUGUUUGCGGGGAUCCAUAUCAAGGUCCUCGUGAAAACGAGGCUGGCGGGAAAUACGCAACAGGAACAAUAGUACACACUUAUACAGAGAAUGCGCAGAUAAUUGUUGAGCUUGAUAUAACUGUUGCACAUGGUGGAUGGUCGGAAUUCCGAAUUUGUCCCAACAACGACGUACAUAAACCUGUCACGCAACAGUGCUUAGACAAGUUUAUUCUAGCGUCACCUAGUGGCGAUACCAGAUACAUACACCAGCGAAAAAGAGGCACAUUAAGGAUUCCACUUGUUUUACCACCUGGUCUAACAUGCACUCAGUGUGUUUUACAAUGGAAAUGGAACGCUGCCAGUAAUUUCAACUGCGAUCCAAUCACCCACAAAUGCUGUAAGGGUUGUGGCCUGCAAGAACAGUUCUACGGCUGCGCUGAUAUAUCUAUAAUAAAACCAUACAGGCCACCAACAAUCAAACCAUACAACGGACAAUGGGCAUUCAACCAUAUUACAACUGUGAAAUCAGACAGCGCGAAAAUUGCAUCAAAACCUACCACAGUGAAACAAAAUUUCAUUCCUCCGUUUAAUCGUCAAACUCAACCAUAUGGCUUUAUUCCGAUCUUCAAUCGCCGUGGUUAACUGCACGAGGUUCUCUCGCUAACGUCUAUAAUUCAAUGGGCUUUCAAUAAAAAACAUCCUUUUGUAUACAGUUCAUAUUUACAAGUACAUUUUUUGAUGUAUUUUAUAUGAUUUUUGAAGAAGUGUUUAUCUGCAAAGACAAGACUGUUUUACAUUUUACAUUUUGUUAAACGUAUCUAAUAUUGACAGUGAUACUUUAUGUCAUGUCUGAAUGUUUUUCAUGCAUAAUCUAUGUUUUUCUAUUGCCUUUUGUCUUUUGUAUUUUUAUCAUUUUACAAUUUUAUUAAAAAACACUAGUUACAAAA